ACUUUUUGUUUGAAGGGCUGUUAUCCGGAAGCACAUUUCACAUUUCUCUCCGCUUAACAACAACACGUUAUUCGGGCUGCAGAGUACUAACGUCAAACUCUUUUCGUUGAAUGUUUUUUCACGUUUUAGAGAAAGGAACAUUUUCGGACAUACUACUCCGACAUUGCACAGCUAGCAUAAACACAAGCAGUCAGCUAGGUAGAGUGAGUUGUAUGACUGUUUGGAUAACUUGCUUGUAUAAUUGACGAAGCUCCGCUGUUUUGAGCAGAAACAAAACGCUUUGAAAAGCUUCAUAGAAAGCUGGAAGACCCCGCGUUAGUUGGACUGUCUGCUUCGCUGCCAACAACAAUGAGCUGCCUAAAAGAAGAAACUCGAAGUGUCUCCCCUCACUGCCCCAAACCUGACGAGUCUGAGGAGCCACUGGGCACAGCCAUUGAAACUGGUGCUGCUGCAGAUGAGAGUGUGAAGUCUGAGAGUAUGACGGCUGAAGUGGUGAUUACUAAGGAAAUGGAGGAAGAAGAGAAGAAGCUAAUGGAGCAAGGCGAGAGGAAAGAGGAGGAGAUGAUGAAGAAGGCCAGGGAGUCUUGGGAGAGGGACUCGCAUGACAUGCGGUUCAAGAGGCUCCAGCAUUUGCUUCAGAAGAGCAACAUCUAUUCUAAGUUCCUGCUGACAAAAAUGGAGCAACAACACAAUGAGGAGACACUCAGGAAGGAGAAACUUGAGAAGAAGGCCAAGAAGGUGCAAAAGGCCAACGGUCCAGAAGCUGUCAAAGCAGAGAAGAAGAAGAGGAGAAGAGAUGAAGAGUAUAAAAUAGCAGAUGUGAUGUCAAAAGAAGAAAUUAUGUCGCAGGCAAAGAAAGCAAAAGUGGAAGAAGUGGAAGCAGCACCUGCCCAGAAGAAACUAGAAGCUGAGGAUAUUGAGAAGAUGAGCGAUUCCAACCAAGAUAUAAAGAACCGGCUGUCGGAGACGGUGCGCGACAACGCUAAGCACCUCCUGCAUCCUCAUAGGAAGGUGAACGGGCAGCCAGUUCCUGUUCAGCAACCGCAGCUCUUCACUGGAGGCGUCAUGAGGUGGUACCAGAUCGAAGGCAUCGAGUGGCUGAGGAUGCUGUGGGAGAACGGCAUCAACGGGAUCCUGGCUGAUGAGAUGGGCCUGGGAAAGACCAUCCAGUGCAUCGGUCACAUCGCCAUGAUGAUAGAAAAGAAGGUGUUGGGCCCCUUCCUGGUGGUGGCUCCUCUCUCCACGCUGCCCAACUGGAUCAAUGAAUUCAAACGCUUCACACCAGAGGUGUCCGUGCUGCUUUACCACGGCUCUCAGCCAGAGAGGACCAAGCUGCUGAAACAGAUCUGCCGGCCUCAGGGGCCCCUCAGCAUGUGCCCUGUGGUCAUCACCUCCUUUGAGAUCUCCAUGAUUGACAGGAAAUUAUUACAGCGCUUCCAGUGGAAGUACCUGAUAGUGGACGAAGGCCACAGGAUCAAAAACCUCAACUGUCGGCUGGUGCGGGAGCUGAAGCUGCUGCCCACUGACAACAAGCUGCUGCUGACAGGCACGCCGCUGCAGAACAACUUGGCCGAGCUCUGGUCCCUGCUCAACUUCCUCCUGCCGGAGGUCUUUGAUGACCUCAAAAGCUUUGAGUCGUGGUUCGACAUUGACACCCUUGGAGAGGCCGACAGUAUGGUGGUUGCUGAACGUGAGCAGAACAUCCUGAGUAUGCUGCACCAGAUUCUGACUCCGUUCCUGCUGAGGAGGCUAAAGUCAGAUGUGACGCUGGAGGUUCCUCCUAAAAAGGAGAUCAUCGUGUACGCUCCUCUGACAGCCAAGCAGGAGGCUUUCUACACUGCUGUGGUCAACAAGACCAUUGCCAAGAUGCUGGGCCAGGAAAAGACAGAGGCUCCUGUAGCCCUGACGUCCAGCGGCAGGCCGAAGCGUCGCAGCCGGAAGGUAGUGGACUACAAGGAAACGGACACAGACACUCCGUAUGACCUGGAGAAAUAUCUGGAGAGGGUCCGCAAGGAGCUGGAGCCGAGCUUCCACCCAGUGCUGGAUGUCCAAAGCCCGCUGGACGCUCAGGUCAGUCUGAAGCUGCAGAACAUCCUCAUGCUGUUAAAGAGAUGCUGCAACCACCCGUACCUGGUGGAGUACCCCCUCGACCCCGCCACAGGGGACUUCAAGAUCGAUGAGCAGCUGGUGCAGAGCUCUGGGAAGUUUCUCAUACUGGACCGGCUGCUGCCAGCACUGAAGAGACGAGGUCACAAGGUGAAACGAACAUGUGACGUAGAGCUGGGACAGAAGUGUGUGAAAGGUUGUGCUAUGGGCAGGUUUUCCAAAGAUCCCGAGGUGUUCAUCUUCCUGUUGAGCACCCGAGCAGGAGGACUGGGAAUCAACCUGACAGCUGCUGACACCGUCAUCAUCUUUGACAGCGACUGGAACCCGCAGGCAGACCUGCAAGCUCAGGACCGCUGUCACCGCAUAGGACAGACCAAACCAGUCGUGGUGUACCGCCUGGUCACAGCCAACACCAUCGACCAGAAGAUCCUGGAGAGGGCGUCUGCCAAGAGGAAGCUGGAGCAGAUGGUCAUCCACAAGAACAAAUUUAAAGGUGGGAAGGCGGAGCUGAACCAGAAUAAAAGCUGCAUUGAUCUGGAUGAGCUGCGGGAGCUGCUCAAAGCUCGAGGCACUGAGAAGGAGGUUAAAGCUUCGAAAGGGAACGUCAUCAGCGACAAGGACCUGGAGGUUCUGCUCGAUCGCAGCGACUUGCUGGACAAAGGAAAGGACGCCACGAAGAAGGCGAAAGUGGGAGUGUUCAGAGUGAUCGACGCCAAAGAGUCGUCGGAGAUCACGCUGGGCUGAGAACACUGACGCUGCAGCCAUGUCUGCAUCACUCACAGCCACUGAAAACCUGAAACUGCUGUUUGUACAGUUUGACUGUGUUUGUUAUGUCAGGUGCUCCCUGUAGCCUCAUGGAGGGAGGGUUUUUUUUCUUUUGUUGUGACGGCCCGUCUACAGCGUGUUCAACUUUUAACUUCAUCAAGCAAAACCAGAUUCUCUCCAGCUGAGCCAAUAAAACUGCCACGAGCUAAUUCACGCACUUUAGUGUCACUGUGCGGAUUUUACAGAGAAAUAUUUCACUGAGAUGCUGCUCGUUAACAAAAUAGUGACGAGGUCACUGACCAGGGUUUUUUUCUUUAAGGCUCCUUUUAUCAUCAUUCCCAGAAUUGUACUUAAAACACUUUGAUGCAGCUGCAGUUGGAUUUGUUCUCAUGUCUUGAAAUAAAUAAA